GUGGGGUGAGGGGCCGGACGAGACUUGCCGGGUGGGCCGGCCCAGGCCACUUCCUCUCUUUGUUGUCCUGUGCUUUCUUUUCCUUCUGAGACUUAACUUCAUGACAACGUGACUGGCAGUUUCUGGAGUCAUUUGCUGAGGCUGAGCCUGCCCAACUGCGACAAUGAUCCUGAUGUUGUUACUUGGUCUUGGGGGACCCCUAAUUUGGGGUCUGCCUGGGGCCUGGGCUCAGGCCCCAGGUACCUGGUUCUCUGAUCCACCUGACUCCAGACAGCCUGGGGCCUGGAGGGCAGAGGCUGAGGACACCAGCAACGACCCCAUUAGACGUAAUUGGUGCCCCUACCAGAAGUCCAGGCUGGUCACCUUCAUAGCCGCUUGCAAAACAGAGAAAUUCCUUGUCCACUCACAGCAGCUGUGUCCACCGGGGGCGCCGGACUGCCAGAGAGUCAAAGUCAUGUACCGCAUGGCCCACAAACCAGUGUACCAGGUCAAGCAGAAGGUGCUGGCCUCCGUGGCCUGGAAGUGCUGCCCAGGCUUCGCAGGCCCUGACUGCCAGCAUCACGAUUCCAUGGCAAUCCCUGAGCCUGCAGAUCCAGGUGAUGACCACCAGGAGCCGUGGGAUAGGCCAGUCAGCCUUCAACCUGGCCACCUAGCCACAGAGAUCAGCAACAGCGCUCUGGGAGACCUUCAAAAUGAUGUUCAACAGGUGGCAGACAGCCCCUCAGACCUGUGGAAGGCCCUGCCAAGCAACCUCACAGCUACAAUGACUGAGGCCAACCAGACUGAGGCUAAUCAGACGGAGUUUGGGUUUCCAGGCAAAUCCUUGGAGCAAGUGCUGCUGCUCCACAUGGAUACCUUCCUGCAAGGACAUUUCAGCCCCAUUUGGAGGAGCUUCAACCAAAGCCUGCACAGUCUCUCCCAGGCCAUAAGAAACCUAUCUCUUGAUAUGGAGGCCAACCAACAGGCCAUCAAGAGAGUCCAGGAGAGUGCAGUGGCCAGGACUGACUUCCAGGAGCUCGGUACCAAAUUUGAGACCAAGGUUGAGGAGAACGCCCAGAAAAUGAGCCGGCUGCAGGAGGACAUGGAGGACCGUCUGCAUGCCCAGCAGCUUUCCCUGCAGCUCUCCCUCUCUGAGGUCCAGGGCAAUGUGGACACGAAGCUGAAGAAGCUCCUUAAGGCCCAGGAAUCCCUGGGGGUCAAUGGCAGCUUGCUGGUGGCUACUGCAGGAGCAGCAGCCAGGCCAGAGCCAGAGAGCUUGCAGGCCAGACUGGGUCAGCUGCAGAGGAACCUCUCGGCUCUCCAUGUGGCCACUGGCCGCAGGGAAGAGGAGUUACAGAGCACCCUGGCAGACAUGCAGGCGACUCUGGCCCAGCAUGUGAAUGAGAUCAAGGAGCUAUAUUCAGAAUCUGAUGAGACCUUCGAUCAGAUAACCAAGGUGGAGCGACUGGUGGAGGAACUACAGGUGAAUCACACUGCAUUGAGAGAGCUGCGGGUGAUCCUGAUGGAGAAGUCACUAAUCAUGGAAGAGAACAAGGAGGAGAUGGAGCGGCAGCUCCUGGAGCUCAACCUCACCCUCCAGCACCUGCAGGGCGGCCACGCCGACCUCAUCAAGUAUGUCAAGGACUGCAACUGCCAGAAGCUCUACUUUGACUUGGAUGUAAUCCGGGAGGGCCAGAGGGACCAUACGCGGGCCCUGGAGGAGACCCAGGUGAGCCUAGAUGAGAGACGCCAGGAGGACGGCUCUUCCUUGCAGGCCCUGAGCAGCACCGUGGAUGCUCUGUCACUGGCCAUGGAGUCACACAAGGCAGAUGGUGAGCGGGCCCGGGCCGAGACAUCGCGGCUCAGGAGCCAGCUGCGGACACUGGACAGCGAGGUAAACAAGCUGAAGGCCUCUGAAGUGGAGAUCCGCCGCGAGAUCCAACAGCUCCACAGCUCCUUCGCCGCCCUGUUGGAGGAUGCACUGAGGCACGAGGCUGUGCUGGCCGCCCUCUUUGGGGAGGAGGUGAUGGAGAUGAUGUCAGAGGAAGGGACUGGCCCUUUGCCCCUGCGCUAUGAGCAGAUCCGCGUGGCUCUGCAAGAUGCCGCCAGCGGGCUGCAGGAGCAGGUGCUGGGCUGGGAUGCCCUGGCUGCCCGGGUGACGACCCUGGAGCAGGCCAUGGUGGGUAGUGGGCAGAGCAGGGCUGGGGGCCAAGUGCAGCCCCCGCUGCCGGCAGAGCACCUGGAGCCGAGCCACGAUGCCUCAGGAGAGGAGGCCGGUGGGAUGGACCUGGCUGGGCUGGCGCAGGAGCUCCAGCGCCUGAGUUCGGACAUCAAGCAAGUAGGGCAGUGCUGUGAGGCUUCCUGGGCCACUUCUCUCAACAGCUCCCUCCAGGGCCUCCAUGGAGCACUGGCCAGCACUGAGCUGGACUUAGAGCGGCACCAGAAGCUUUUCCACAGCCUCUUUGGGAACUUCCAAGGGCUCUUGGCAGCAAAUGUCAGCCUGGAUCUGGGAAAGCUGCAGGCCAUGCUGAACAGGAAAGGGAAAAAGCAAAAGAAAGGUCUGGAAGCUCCCAAGAGGAGGGACAGGAAGCAAGUGGAGCCUCUGGCAGAUACACAUGUCGGAGGGCCAGUCACGGGCACCCUGGGAACAGAGCUCUGGGAGGCAGGCACCCCCGUGGCCUUCUACGCCAGCUUUUCAGAAGGGACAAUGGCCCGGCAGACUGUGAAGUUCAACACUACUCACACCAACAUUGGCAGCAGCUACUUUCCUGAACAGGGCUACUUCCGAGCCCCUGAGCGUGGGGUGUAUAUGUUUGCAGUAAGCAUUGAAUUUGGCCCAGGGCCGGGCACCGGGCAGCUGGUGUUUGGAGGUCACCACCGAACCACAGUCUCUACCACCGAGGGCCAGAGGAGUGGAAGCACAGUGACGACCUUUGCCGUGGCUGAGCUGCAAAAGGGUGAGAGAGUAUGGUUUGAGUUAACUCAGGGAUCAGUAAUAAAGAGAAGCCCACCAGGCACUGCAUUCGGGGGUUUCCUGAUAUUCAAGACCUGAACACUGGACACAGCUCUGAUGAGACUUCGGGGACUCACAUAACUCUCCUGGGCCUGGAGCUCUGGCCAGGUUUGGUCUGGAGACCAUCCAGUGGGUCUAGCUCUUUCCUGGAGUUCUGCAUGAACAGCGUGGCCUAUGGGGCCUUCCUCUAGACACACUAGGUUUGGAUAUUUUUUAAGGACAAGGGCUAGGGUGCUUCCCUGGGCAGGAUCUGACUAGGCACCUGUGAACCUGGGCCCACGUGCCUUUUGAGACAGCGUGUCUGUACUCCAGCCCUUUGGCACACCCUUUGUUCAGCCUUUUUGGUGUUUUGCUCCUCCUAUGGUUGGAAACUUCCUUACAACACUUUAAACCUUUCUCCUUCCUCUUUUUCCUAAUCUUGUGCUACAAAAUCAUUCCUCCCCACCCCCAGGAAGUGUAUGUUUAAAAUAGAGGUGACAUCUUGGACAAUAGUGGAACCAAAUAUUGGACCAAUACUGGAACAAAAUACCUCCAACCACUGCAGAGCAGCAGAAAACCAACCUGUUCAGUUUCUUUCAGUCAGAAAUGGCAACAAAGGCUGCUAGAGCUAACCUAGGGAAACAAAACUGGUAACUUUUAUCAUCAGUCCUUCCUUGACCUUAUUUAUCUGUGACUUUAAUUUCACUUCGUUUUCUCCUUUCCUCAUGCAGGGUAAAAGUCAAGACAUGCCAACCAUGAGCUAAAAUGUAUAUAGCCUUCACCCUUUUUACUUCCUCUUAUAGCUUAUCAUCAUCCUAAAUGUUAGCAUCUCUAACCAGGAGGGGAGCUGAAAGAGGACAUGAAGGAAAACUGUGAGAAAAAUCUCCCUAAAUGAUGAAGAACAUUAGAAUAAAGUGAUGCCUUUCAAAUCUCUGCCUGGUUUACUUCUAGAGAAUGAAAAGAUUUGAUGAAGUAGAUAGAACUAUGGGACAAAAUCAAACUACUUGGGAUAAAUGUGACAUUCAUAAUUCUACCCCCUAUUUUACUUAAAUUUCAGUGAAUUCUAAGUAAAACAUUCAGAGGCCACCACAGUAGGCAAUGACAUUAAUACUGGACUAGACAUUACUACUCAGUAAUGAUUAUUCCUGCAAUAUCAAUACAUGUAUUUGUAAAAUUACAUAUUCUAGAGGAAAGAGGUGUGAGAUGUUAAUCAUUUAGCAGUUGGGGUUAAUAAGGUUCCCAGCCCUUCUUACUGUAUCCCAGGGGUCAUUAAUUCAAAUAAUUAUCCCUCAGGAUUUACCACUGAACUCUGUGUACUCAAUAAGCUGAAGUCAGUGUCAAAAAGGAACAGUGUUACAGGCUACACUGCCACAGAUGGUUUAACUUUUUAACUCUUUUCACUUGUAGUAUAAGGUGGUUAGUUUAAUGAUUCUCAUUAAGUAUUCUGGUACUUUAUUAUGCCGACCACAGGUUCAAGUCUCACGUAUCUGCUCUUCCCUUUGGCCAAGUGCUCUUGGCCACUGCAGCUCAGAUACCAAGAUCAAUCCUGACUCAAGGCACAAUGUGUCUGUGUCAUCCCUCAUCAAAGAUGGGAAAGCCAGCACAAGGUCACCCCUGCUUCUAGAAAGACCAUGCUGUGUCUUCUUUUUGUUCAAUCUUGCUCUUAUUGGUCAUGGUAUGCUAAGUAGAAACACUAGGGCAAUGUAGUCUUUAAAAGAUUUUCAUUUAGAAUUCAUUGUACAUAAUUGGCAGAGUGAGUUGAUCUCCAUAAAGGGUACAGGUCUGCCAAUCCUCAUAUGCCUGGUAUUCAACAGGAGGUUGAAAGUGCUAACAGGUACAUUCUGCCAGCAGUAUCGGUAGAUCAUUCUAGGAAAGUCUCUGGAAUGAGAACUGGAGAAACAACUGUCUUUUAGAUAGCCGGCCCAUGCAAAUUUCACAAAACAUACUAUCAAGCUUAAGGGCAUAUUUUUCUCUUUAAACAUUUCUAAAAUUUGGAUUCCAGGUAAGCAAGAAAUCUAAAACUUAAUCUGAUAGAUUUCUCUCUAAGUCAUCUAAUAUCUUUGGGUGGAAAUUCUUUUGGUACUCUACAUAUAGAUUCCCCAGGCCAAUGUAAAAAUACCCUUCAAUGGUGGCAUCCAGAAUAAGACAAUGGGUCAAGCACAGAGUGGUAUUAUACCACCCUAAAACUGGUCGGAAAGAUAUAAAAGUAUUCAAAAAUAAUGAAAAAUAAAAGGCACCUUAAGCACAAAUCAGGAAAUUUUAAUAAAUAAAUCCUGAAAAAGAGAUCAAGUGUAAAAUGCAACAGCAAUAGGAAAUCAUAACCCCAAACAUUUGAGACCGUUGGAGAGAAGGGAAUGAUUCCACAGGAGCCCCUAACACACGGGUGGAAAGCGGCAGAUGAAGCAGUGGGCAGUCAGCUGCAGUGUGGCCUAUCUUGAGCUAGAAUAGUGCAUGUUCCCUCAUUACCGCCCCCCCACCCCCAAACAUACACAUACUGUUACAGGGUAGCUGGCUACCAAUUAUCCAGACACAAGACACUGCCACACUGAGAUGUGUGAAAUCUUACUGAAAUCAAUUCCCAUGGGAGUCAAUCCAAAGACAUGUCUUCAUAAACCAUAGCAUAGUGUCAAAAUACCUCCAACCUUUAUUCUUAUUGCAGAACACUGUUAAGAGGAUCUAACCUCCAUAAAAAAAAGUUUCUUAAAAUUCUCCUUUUCUCUCACACUCUGGUAUAUCAUGUUUAUCUCAAAAACUUCAAAAACUCCUCUCCUAGCUGUAGCUGGAACACCGUUUUCCAUUCAGAAAACUCUCUUGAACCUGGCCUGACAAUGACAAAACUUUUGG